AUGCUCUCCGAUAUCGAGAGGCUGCUCCUGUGCCGAUUCCGAAUCUUCAUGGUCCGUGGUCCGGCACUCCGGAUUAGAGCCGUCGGUAAAACAUGUCUACUAAUCAGUUACACCACAAAUGCCUUCCCAGGAGAGUACAUACCUACAGUAUUCGACAACUAUUCAGCGAAUGUGAUGGUGGACGGCAAACCCAUCAACCUGGGACUAUGGGAUACGGCGGGACAGGAAGACUACGACAGACUGCGACCUCUCUCCUACCCACAGACAGACGUCUUCCUUAUAUGCUUCUCGCUUGUUAACCCAGCGUCAUUCGAAAACGUGCGAGCUAAGUGGUUCCCCGAAGUCCGGCAUCACUGCCCGUCGACGCCCAUCAUCCUGGUCGGCACCAAGCUGGAUCUUCGCGAAGACAAGGACACCAUUGAGAAGCUGAAGGACAAGAAACUCGCUCCCAUCACCUACACACAGGGUCUGGGCAUGUCUAAAGAGAUCAGCGCAGUGAAGUACCUGGAAUGCUCGGCGCUGACACAGAAGGGGCUGAAGACGGUGUUCGACGAGGCCAUCCGCGCCGUGCUCUGUCCCGUGCAGCCCAUCAAGCCGAGGCGGAAGUGUAGACUGCUCUAA